AUGGCGGAAGCGGUGGAUGAGAAGAUGAAGAGCCAUACCCCAGGCUCGCUGGAGGCGAGGUGCAUGGAAGUGAUUGCAUGUGGCAUGCACCGGGCGGGGGUGGUCCACGGCCUGCCCGCCCUGCCCGACGAUCUGCGGCGCGCCCUCAUCGAUUUCCUACGCCGCAGCGACCGGCUCACCUCCAACUCGUUGGCCCACCUCCUCCACCCGGCCCACCAGCGCACCACCUGGGACGAGUUGGACCUGAGCGGGUGCACCAAGCUGUCGCCCAAGGGAAUCAAGGGCCUGGGCGAUCUGCCCAAUCUCACGGCGCUCAACCUGUCGGCCACUUCCCUGCAGCCAGCAGCCAUCAAGGAAGUGGCCGCCCUGGUGGGGUUGAGACGUCUGUGCCUGGACAACUCGUGGUGGGUGGAAGACACGUGCCUCGAGCAGGUGGCGACGCUGCGCUCGCUCGAGUCGCUCUCGCUGGUGGCGUGUCCCUGCACGCCACACGGCCUCAAGUCCCUCUCGCGAUUGACUACCCUGCGGAGCCUAAACCUGAGUCAGGCGGGAAAAGCCGCCGCGAGCGGGCCUCAGGCCGUGAUCCGACGGUCAAUGCAGCCGCCCGGCCUCCGCUUUCGCGAUCCGUCGCUUCGUUUUCUCACCCGGCUCACCAGGCUCGAACAUCUCAACGUCGCCGGCAUGGGCACGGACGGCUCAUUUCUUAUUAACUUGAACCCUGCCACGCUACGAGAACUGACGUUUGGCCUGCCAAGCAAUGGAUACACAGCACGUCUGCCCGAGGCGCGGUUGAGCAAGCUGACCAGUCUCACGCAUCUCUCUAUCCGGCCGUGCUCCGACACGGUGUUCGGCCCAUCGCGCCUGCGCACCUUGUCGCGCCUGGUCGACCUCCGUCUGCCCAUGGUCGUCUUCGCCGCGCCGGUCUUUGCCGAACUGCUCGAGGAGCUGCCCCUCCUCCGCCGCCUGUCCGUCUCCGUCUCGGUGCUGCUCCUGCGCCGCGUCGAGAGCGACGAGCCGGCGAUCGAGUGCUACCCCGACACGACGGCCUUUCCGCCCGACCUGGCCUGGCUCACCUUCAACUCGGGCACCAACGUGCCGCCACCCGCAGCGGCUCGUCAGUCCACCACUACUACGACGACGACGAGGCGACAAGCCACCACCACACCGGCGCCGACGGCGGCCUUGGCUUUCCAGAGCGACCCACUCACGGCGAGCACCCUGGAGCGGCUGGCCGAGCUCCUGUUGGCCUCUUCGUCCCGCCUCGCUGUGCUCAAAUUCAAAGGCGACUAUCCACCAGAUAUGCCGUCGAUGCUGAAGGCAAGCCCGCUGAUGCAGUUGCGAAGCCUCCACACCCUGCAACACGGGUAUCAGGCCAACCUGCUCCUCUGA